AUGGCAACAUCGGAUUGUGACGUAUGCAGCUAUUUAGCAACAUGUAAAACAUCGUGUGGGUUCCUUGCUUUUCGAGCAGGUUUAGCACGUGUUAAAAUUAAUGCACUAAAAGCUGCAUGUGAGCAUCAAAUUGGACCGAAGAGUGUCUUUGGAAUGCAAGUACGAGACCAAUUCAUCGACUUGUUGUGGGAAAGUUGCCUGGCAGCGCAGAGAAAACAGGUGCCGGUUGUAACAACCACGAUCCCAAAAAGGGUCAAUGUCACCACGAUGCAAUUAAGCGAACCCAGUUUUAAAAAGAAAAAGACUGAAAUGGGACCAGUAGAUGUGACUGUCACCAUGGGUGACAUUCAAGUAGUCUCGUCACCUUUUGAGAAAGAGACAACAGCGACUCACUUGGUACUAUCGAAUCUUGAGAAAGAAGCCGAGCGAUUGCGCGCUGACAACCAAAGGUUUGUUGAAAACUUCCAGCAACUUGUCGAGAAGCAAGAGCAACUUGAAAACAAAUACGCUGAACUUGCACUGCAUGUCAAGCGGUUGCAGUCUCAACAGAAUGUGUACGAUCGUCUCGUGUGCACUGUGUACGACAAGCAGCAAUCUUUUAAUAAGAAACCUAAUUAA